CCCGCAGCAGGAAUCAUGCUGAGCAUUUCACUGCUGCCGUUCGUGUCUAAAAGACAUUUUUGGAUCAUAUGGAUUAUUUAAAUGCUGACCAGGAAAUGGAGAAACCAAAAGAAGUAUCUGUGACUGAAGAAGCAGCACCGGCCUGGCGGAUUGCUGCAGGAAAGUUCCCCGAGAGAGCGUGCCAUGCAGAUCUGAAUCAGCACAAAGACAGAAGAAGAAGAAGAACCCCCACUCAGAUGGAUCUUCAUCAUCAUCAACCUUUUUCACCUCAUUCUGCUGUGUGGGGAGCUUCAAGUCAAGAGGACACGAGUUGGAGCUUUAAACCAGAUCUGUGUUAUCCUCCUAACAAAAACACGGCAAGAAAGGAGGAUGACUAUAGAGCCUUUACCAGCGAUGAUGAAGAGGAGCUUGAAGCCCCCCUGCCAUUAAAAGAUGAUUAUGACUGGCAACAGCAUCAAUCGUUUCUACUUCCUCCACAUUAUAUGCCCAGCUGGGACCUGCAUCGGGACGUGAGGUGCACAGCAGACGGAGGGGCAGUCGGAUGGCCUCCUCACCUCUCCCCUCCCAGCUGUCAAACAUGGGCGGAGCCUGAAAACUGCUGCUAUGGACUCCCCCAUCCGUGCAGCUUCAGGAGUGACGGUGGGCCUCCAGGGAGCGUCUCGGUGAACGUGCCUCAGUUCUCCACCCCCCCUGUGGACGCCGUCUCCCAGGUGGACAUGCUGAAGCUGAGCUCCGCAGCAGGAGAGUCUUCCUCACAUCUGCAGGGGAGGACAGGAACCAUCAGCCUGCCCGACGAGUGCCGAAAUGUUCUCAUCACUCACUCUUUGGACGCGUCCUCAGAGAUCGCCACUUUCAGAGACUUCCUCACAAAACAAGGCUUUCGAACAAGUACUAAUCUGACUGACAACCCCACUGGAGAAAUGGACAUCCAUAAGUGGAGAGACACUUUUCUAAAAGAUCCAUCAACCCUGGUUAUAAUCGCCAUCAGUCCCAAAUAUAAAGCAGACACUGACGAGUGUCCCACGGACAGCCACGCCCUUCACACCAAGUACAUUCACAACAUGAUGCAGAAUGAAUUUAUCCAGGAAGGCUGCUUGAAUUUCAGAUUCAUUCCCGUUCUCUUUCUUGGAGCUUCCCAGAAUGUAGUUCCUGGUUGGCUCCAGAACACGCGUGUGUACCGCUGGCCUCAGGACACGGAGGAUCUGUUGCUGCGCUUGUUCAGGGUGGAGAGGUACAUCCCUCCUCCUGUGCCGGCGGAGCUGGCCGUCAUCAUCAGGCCUGUGCCGAUGAGCGCCACCACUAUGCUGAGAUGGUAGCCGUGUCUGUGGGUUUGUCAACAUGUUGUGUAUGUGUGUGUCUUGUUUUUGAAUAAACUUUGAAGCAAAAAAAUGUAUAAAAUCCUCAAAUUCUUGUCUUUGAAAGUCACAUUGAAUGAACAAAAGCCUCUGACUUUUUGGUUUUAAUGAAUAUAAAACAACAUUCAUAUUAGGAGAUAUCUAAAGGAGCUGAUUUACUGGUUCUAUUUCCCGUGAAGCCACCAAAAACACACAUGUAAAUAUUUUUACCUAAAUGUGACAAAUUAAAAAUAGAUUUUUUUUCUGUUGAUUAUAUUUUCAACCAGUAGAGGGCGCCAGACUAAUCCAGCCAGUGUGAUCUCCCACCCUCUAACCCCCUAAAAAGGUCUGUCAGAGCAGCUGGUGAGCAGAGCUGCAGCUAAGAAUAACCCAGACCUUCUGGGGGAUAAAGUUACCCCCAAAGUUCCCAUCAGCUCCGCUUUGGACCCCCUUUCUG